GACCAACUGAACCGGAAAUGACGCAACUACAUAUCACUGUUAGCUAAGUGGUAGCUUCUUGCUGUUUUCACCGGAUAAAUCCGGAAAAAAUGCUUUCUGUGCAUCUUUAAAUCUUAACAGUAAAUGUGUGUUUUCUGGGAUAGUUUGUUAGCAUUUUAACAAUGUCGGGAAGAAAGCGAACAAGAGAGAAGGAGGAAAGGAAGGAGCACAAGAAACACAAGACAUCCAAACAUGACAUGGAAAAGCUGGACUCACAAACCAAGAAACUCAGCCAAGAGGUCCAGAAGCUGAAACACAUCGAGACUUUCUAUGAGAAACCUCCACCUGGCUUUAUUAAGGAACACGAAGAGAAACCAGAGGAUUGUAUUCCUGAGGAUCCUGGGAAUGAAGAAGCCAGAAGCUUCCUGGCUCACGCCCCCACCAAGGGCCUGUGGAUGCCUCUGGGGAAGGAGGUGAAGGUCAUGCAGUGCUGGAGAUGCAAGCGCUACGGCCACAGGACAGGAGACAGGGAGUGCCCCUUUUUCAUCAAAGGAAACCAGAAACUGGAGCAGUUCCGAGUGGCUCAUGAAGACCCAAUGUAUGACUUAAUUCGGGAAAACAAGAGGAAUGAAAAGGAAACAAGGAUUCAGCAGUUGCAGCAGCUGCUCCAGGACACCACCUCCAACUCAGACAGCUCCUCCUCCUCUUCCUCAUCUUCAGACAAACGUCGCAAAAAGAAGUCAAAAAAGAAACGAGACAAGAAGAAAGAGAAGAGAAAGAAGAAAAGGAAGAGGAAGCACAAGUCUUCCAAAACGAGUGACAGCUCAGAUUCAGACUGAGACCAGAUGUAGAAAAAGCUUGAAGAGAGUGAACAGAACGUUCCUCGAGACUUCCUCUGAAACUCUACAAACUGUUUACUGCACGCGACCCAGAGUGGCUGAGUCACCAUAUCUGUGCCUUGUUCUAUCGUGGUUUGAAUAGUAUUUAGUGCAUGAGCUAAACUCUUAACGUCUACUGACAGCAUCCUUUUUAAUUUAUUUCAUUAAGAUUGUAGUCUUCCUCAGCCUUCCCAUUCUGAUGGUAUUAGGUGAUUGUAGUGUGUUUAAUCCAGAGAUUGAGGGGGAAAAAAGCUUAAAUAGAGCCAGAACGUUUAAAUAAACAAACAUAAGUUGGAUUAUGUUUACAUAUUCUGAUCAGACCAAAACAAGACGGAGUAAAUCCAUGUAUUCUGAAAAUAAGGCAAAUUUUCCUUACUUAGUUCUUUUAACGUCACAUAAGAACAAAAGAUGAGACUUGAGGCUUAAGAAAGUCUGUUUAUCCUUUUUCCUUUGCGAACAACACGUCUGUGGAAACCAGCAGGAGUCAUUUCUUCUUUCUGCUGACAGAGAUAACCUUGGUGGAACAGUCAAACCAGACUCCCAUUUAGAUUUGAGUUUGGGGCAUUCGGAUUUCAUCCCAAGGCUUCGGAGACCCGAACAAGACGCAUUUCAGUUCCUAGCGUGUCAGGUAAUGCAGCCAAGAGAGCAGUUCUGCUCGGUUUUAAUUAAUCUUUUCAUCUCACUGCUCUGAUUCACAAAAAUAAACCCACUUGACCAAAA